AUAGGGCCUCCACCACCCCGGCUAGAUCUAGGCCGGGGCGGAGACAAGUACCUCGAAGGUUAACCCCCUUUUAUAACGAUCGUCUCUCGCACGCGCAGCAGCGUUUGCACAUUGGGCUGCGCAGUCUCUCAGUAGGGCGCACGCAAACUCCUCCAUGAGAUCGGCUCGAAGAGUCUCACCACAGCAUAUGAUCUCACGUUGCGAACGAUCUGCGAUGGCAUUGAAGAUCGACAUCCGGGGACGUGCUUGACCGUCCAGCUACCGCGGAUCAGCUCGUUCCAGCCAGCUGGUUCGAGGGCGGCUCAAAGCGAUAUCGGCGAUCUUGAAGGCUAUGUUGAUUGGGCAUUCACUGGAAAUAUCCGACUGAGUACUCGAGUGAAUUUCGCGAAGUUGGUGCAUGGCGCGACUGAUUACAUUGACUCUUUUCCAGAGGUUGAGCAGCGGCGAUCUCUAGAAUGAGGGAAAUUUUUGUAGUGACAUCACAGCGUCUAUGCGACUUCGCACAUAAUUACGAGCUUCACACAGUACUCGAAUUUAUAAAACAUCAUCAACCAUCAUCAAAUUGGCGAAGAGCUUCUCGUCAUGGGUAUUCUCUCAGAGCAUCAGAGCGAUUCGGUACACAGCUUCGCACACGCGGACAUCAACAUCAAUCAUCAAAUCCUCCGGGGAUCGAUGAAAUCCAUAAACAACCAUAAAAAUC